UCCUCAAGCUUCACUUCCCUUUCGCUUUCAGCUCGAAAUCCCAAAUAUAAUACUAUACCCCAAACUCAAAUUGAAGGAAUAAAACUUCUUACACUUUGGAUUUUUAUUUUUCGUUGAUGGCAACUUCGAGAACCUCCUCUGCGCUGAGGCUGAGCAGGUCCGCCGUGGCCGCUCUGAGGGCCUCUCGCUAUCGUUCUCAAGACCUCGCACUCUCUCAUCGCUCUUCUGAAAUACUUUCUUCUCGAAACCCAACCUUUCUCACUCGCACCAAUGGUGCUUGUGGAUUUGGAGCUCCAACCAUUCCUACUGACUUCUCAUCAAGUCUGGUUUCGACGCAAAAUUUCAGCCGCUUUUACUCCGCAUCUGCUGCUGCCUCCGGCCAGAUUAGCAAUUCAGAGUUUACUGAGAUGGCAUGGGAGGGAGUCAUCGGUGCCGUCGAUGCAGCAAGGGAGAGUAAACAACAAGUAGUGGAAACUGAGCAUCUAAUGAAAGCCCUAUUGGAGCAGAAGGAUGGGUUGGCAAGGAGAAUAUUCACCAAGGCUGGGGUUGAUAACUCAACACUUCUGGAAGCCACAAACGACUUUAUAUCACUGCAACCAAAGGUGACAGGUGAAACUAGUGGACCCAUUGUGGGUUCUCAUCUUGGUUCUCUCUUGGAUAAGGCACGAAAGCAUAAGAAAGAAAUGGGGGAUUCCUUUGUCUCUGUGGAGCAUCUAUUGUUGGCAUUUCCCUCCGAUAAGAGGUUUGGGCAACAAUUAUUUUCAAAUAUGAAUCUAAGUGAGAAGGCAUUGAAGGAAGCUGUACAAGCUGUUCGUGGUGGUCAAAGAGUAUCUGAUCAGAACCCAGAAGGUAAAUAUGAGGCACUUGAAAAAUAUGGGAAUGACUUGACUGAACUUGCGAGACGUGGUAAACUUGAUCCGGUUAUUGGACGUGAUGAUGAAAUACGGCGAUGCAUCCAAAUAUUAUCUCGGAGGACAAAGAAUAAUCCUGUUAUCAUUGGUGAGCCAGGAGUAGGGAAAACUGCAAUUGCUGAAGGGUUAGCUCAGCGAAUUGUCCGUGGAGAUGUUCCAGAACCUCUAUUGAAUCGGAAGUUGAUCUCUCUGGACAUGGGUUCUUUGCUUGCUGGUGCCAAGUAUCGUGGGGAUUUUGAGGAAAGGUUAAAAGCUGUAUUGAAGGAAGUUAGCGCUUCAAAUGGACAGAUUAUUUUGUUUAUAGAUGAGAUUCACACUGUAGUGGGUGCAGGGGCUACUGGUGGAGCUAUGGAUGCUGGAAAUUUGUUGAAACCUAUGCUUGGCCGGGGGGAACUCAGGUGCAUUGGGGCAACUACACUAAAUGAAUACAGAAAGUACAUUGAGAAGGACCCUGCGCUGGAGCGUAGGUUUCAACAAGUAUUUUGUUCCCAGCCAUCUGUGGAAGACACAAUUUCAAUCCUGCGUGGAUUGCGCGAACGAUAUGAGCUGCAUCAUGGGGUCAAGAUAUCAGAUAGCGCUCUUGUUUCAGCGGCAAUUCUUUCGGAUCGAUACAUUACUGGCCGUUUCCUACCUGACAAAGUGAAGAGUAUUGUUGGAUGUCUAAANGUAGCUGAUGCAAUAAGACGUUCUAGGGCUGGCCUGUCUGAUCCAAACCGUCCUAUUGCAAGCUUCAUGUUCAUGGGACCCACGGGGGUUGGUAAAACUGAGCUUGCAAAAGCCCUUGCUGGAUACCUUUUCAACACUGAAAAUGCUCUUGUGCGCAUUGAUAUGAGUGAAUAUAUGGAAAAACAUGCAGUUUCCCGGUUGGUUGGUGCACCACCAGGUUAUGUGGGUUAUGAAGAAGGUGGGCAGCUGACAGAAGUAGUCCGGCGAAGGCCUUAUUGUGUUGUGUUGUUUGAUGAAAUCGAGAAGGCACAUCACGAUGUUUUCAACAUCCUAUUACAGUUGUUAGAUGAUGGAAGAAUAACAGAUUCACAAGGGCGAACAGUUAGUUUCACCAACACUGUUGUGAUUAUGACAUCAAACAUUGGAUCUCAUUAUAUCCUCGAAACCCUUAGAAGCUCCCAGGAUAGCAAGGAUGCAGUUUAUGAAGCGAUGAAAACCCAAGUGGUCGAGUUGGCAAGACAAACUUUUAAGCCAGAGUUCAUGAAUCGGAUCGAUGAGUACAUUGUUUUCCAACCUCUGGACUCCACACAAAUCCGCAAAAUUGUUGAAAUCCAGCUUAAUCGUGUGAAGGACAGACUUAAACAACGGAAAAUUGAUUUCCAUUACACGGAGGAAGCCGUCAAUCUUCUCGGAACGUUGGGCUUUGAUCCGAACUUUGGAGCAAGACCUGUGAAGCGGGUGAUUCAACAGACGGUUGAGAAUGAGAUUGCAAUGGGAAUCUUAAGAGGGGACUUUAAGGAAGAAGACUCGCUUAUCAUUGACGUUGUCCCGGGUGGUAAAGACCUCCGUCCCCAAAGUAGAUUGUGCAUCAAGAGAAUUGAAAAUUAUGCCAUGGUUGCCAAUGACUAGUAUUUCGUUUUUUGAGGUGUAAAUAAGAAGAGUUCAAAUGUGCUUCUUUGUAUUUAGGUGAUGCUGAAUCGCAUUCUAAUGUCUCUUCUUCAUGUUGAUGAGUUUUUUAAGUAAUGGGGUUGUAAUUUUUCAGAAAAUUGAGUCAUUUAUCUGCCUGCCUCAAAGUAAUUAGUUUUGGCUCGUAUCUAGGUUUAUGUAGCAGGGGUAAAUGUCCUUUGAGCAUGCAUGAAACUACCAGACUCUGGAAAUGAGGAACGGUCAAUGACUGUAAAUAUCUGCACCAUAAAUUGAAGUAAAGGUGGUUAUAUUGA